UAGUACACUAAGGCUAAGGCUAAGGCUAUUUUUAUCUUAAGACCCACAGUAGUCGUACUCUGAAGCAAGAACACUUGGAAGAGGUCUAAAGGCAUGGUCACUCACUUCUUCACGGUCCUGCAGAAAGCCAUUUGUCACAGAGCCGCAGAUGAGUCGAUACAAGAGGUCAACGCCAAAGCUGCACAGGCACUGUGAAACCUGCUACAGCAAGCGCUGCAGAGCUCCAAUAGAGAUCUCUGUGUGUUGCUUGACCAUCAACUGCCGUGCGCUCUGUGGCGCCACCUUUCACAUGUGCAAAGAGGAUGAGCACAUACUGCUGUGUCCUAACGAGCAGGUGCCCUGCCUCAAUGCCCACUAUGGCUGCCCUUUUACCAUGUGCCGCUCAAAACUGGCCAAGCACCUGGAGACGUGUCCGGCCAGCGUGGUCUGCUGCUCGAUGGAGUGGAUCCGUUGGCCCAUUGAGGAUGUAAAAUCCCCUCUCUACACCAAUCUCCUGAAGGAUGUGCAGGAGCCCCAAGCUCUGGACCUCUCCAUGGCCCUCAGAGAUCAGAAGCAUCUCUGUGCCAGGCUGAAGAUGAGGAGCUUCUUUCCUGAGUUAAUGGAGGAGCCAGAGGAACCUGUCGCAACAAAAGAAGAGGAAGAAGAAGAUAUAGAAGGAGAUGAGGCGACUGGGGGAGAUGCCUCCAUUAAAGUAGAUCCUAAUAUCCUAGUAAAUGGUAUAAAAUGUAGUGCUGAGGAAAACUCAAUGAAUGGCCCCUUAAAAAAAGCUGAAACAGCAGAAAUGCAAUUGGACAAGACUCACCAGAACCAUACUGUGGAUCGAGAGAAGUACAACCUAUAUGAGACAAUGUUUAGUAUGGAGAAAGGAGGUUGCAAGCAAGCUGAGAACGAAGGAUCAGUAGACAAAACAGUAGACAAGACAAAACAAGACAAGAAAGAAUCUCCAUCCAACGGUUCUACUCAUCAAAGUGUCCCAGAGCAACAAGACACUUCUUCUUCUCCUAAGGAUACAGCAGAGAGAAGAGACACCAGCCCCCAGCCAGACUUCACGAAAACUGGCUUAGCUCCUUGGCAAGACGGUGUCUUGGAACGACUUGGUAAAGAAGUAAAUCCAAGAGAAUACAACAUGUACAUCGUUCACCACGGACGCAUGCUGCUCACCUUCGGCCAUAUAGAAGCAUGCACACCCCGAGAGAAAGAUUUUGUGUAUGGCAGCCUAGAGCCAAUACCGGUUCAGACCCUGCGUUCCUUUAACGUUCCCGUCAGUUACAGACACCGACGCAUCCAACUCAAGGACCCCGUAACUCGAGCAAAAACCGAGCACAAGACCGUGGACACUUCUGACUUGGGUGUGCCCAUGGAAGACAUUCAGAAAAUGGACGAGAUGUUUGCAACCCUUCUAGUCUCUGCUGAGGUAGAGAUAAGAGGACACAAGAUCAGCGAAACUGUGGCAACCGAUGGACUCUAUGUAGACAUUGCAACCCAAACGUAUGACUUUGUCACUGCUCCAUUCAAGUACGACGCCACUCUGGCCGAUAUCACAGCAGAUGUGGAUCUAAAGCUGCAUCUUCAGACUGAUACAGAGAGCGUCACCCUCAGACACAACAAAUCCACCUCAGCCUUCUCCUUCUCCUGUGGACAUUUCUUCAGACGGGAUGAAUACGCCUCACAUUUCAAGAACGUACACUCCGAUAUCCAGUCUUGUCUCAGUGGCUGGUUUGAGCAGAGGUGUCCUCUGGCUUAUCUGGGCUGCACCUUCGUCCACAAGCGUCUCCAGCCCUCCACACAGAGAGCUGUAGUCUCUUAUAACCAGGACCUCAGCAUUUUCACCCUCAGGCCUGAGAUUGAUACAUCUCUCAAAGACCAUUCCCAAAUGGACUCUGUAAUUCAACAAAUUCAAGCAAAGAAUGAAGAUUCUCUCAGUGACCUUCCUUUUGAGGUUCUGCGUCAUAUCGCCAGCUACCUGGAUAGCUUCUCUCUGUCACAGCUAGCUCUGGUCUCCAGACUUUUCCGAGAUGUGAGUGCCACACUUCUUCAGGAGAGAGGAAUGGUGGGUUUGAAAUGGAAAAUGAAGAUAUAUUCUCAUGGAAGAGUCCGAUGGAAGUCAUCUGUAGUUUGGGAGUUCAGCAAUCUCUUCAGUAAUGUGAGCAGCUGGUGUAUUGAUGGUUCUUCUCCAAUGGCUGAGCAUCUUAAACGCUGUCCAUUUUACCAAAUGGAACCCAAAACGAAGCCAUUCGCCCUGCCCAGCAUGCAGAACGACAAAGGAAAGGAGCAGCAGAGAAAUUCAGAGGAGCGACAAAGUCUAGUCAUGCUGUUCACGGGACGGAGAUAACUCUGUUAGAAGUUUGUCUUGAUUUUGCCAUUGAUUUUUUUUUCGCAUCAAACUGAAAAGAAAUGUACCAUAACGCACAUGAUGGAUUGCUCAGGAUGACAUUUUUCUAUUUCAUUACAAUUAGAUUAUUAAAAUGAUUUAUUUAUAUUAAAAAUUAAUAUUAUUAUAU